ACUUUCACAACUAACUUCAGUUUGAGAUCCUUACUCCUGUUACCUAACAGUCCAGUUGUAAAUUCAAUUGAAUUUCAUCAAAUAAUGGCUGUAAGUUUCGUGCAGAGGCGCUUCAUGAGCAAUGCCCUCCAAAAGUGGGCCUACAAUCUAUCCGGUUUCAACAAAUUGGGUUUGAUGAGAGAUGACUGCUUGUACGAAAAUGACGAUGUCAAGGAAGCCCUAAGGAGACUGCCCCAAACUGUCGUGGAUGAGCGUAACUAUCGUCUCAUUAGGGCUGUACAACUGUCCAUCCAGAAGGACAUCCUUCCCAAGGAACAGUGGACUAAAUUGGAAGAAGACGUAAUGUACCUCCAACCUUUCUUGAAAGAAGUUAAGAAAGAGCGUGAAGAAAGGGAAGCCUGGAACAAGCAAUAUUAAAAACGUUGCAAAUAGUUCAAAUAUGUGUAGAUCCAGUUGUAAUAUUUAAUAUAAUGCUAAAAUUA